UCACGACAGCUGCAACACCAACUUUGUUGCUGGAGGAGACUUCUCCUCGCUUGUGGACGACAUUCAACAACAAACUGCUGCUCGCCGUGUGCUGGACGGCGAGGUGUGUCUCCGGUGGUCCAUUUGGACCGCUUUUAGUGAGAAAAGUUGAGCUGAAAAGGGUAAGUAAAGUUAGCUAAAUAGAUAACUAGCUAGCUGGCGCUAAGUAGCCUUGCGCGUGCUGCAAGUUGGACACCUCCCAUGGACAGAAGACCCGUGGAGACGACAUGCAGAUAAGAUGAGCACAAUAUACCGAGUACACGCCUCCGUCGCUAGCCGAGCGACACCUCUGUGCACCGGCAGAUCGAGCAGCAUUCCGCCCCAAUGAUCCCAGACAGGAAGCUGGACUAGAGGCGAACCAGCAGCUCUUUACCGUGUGUGUGUGUGCGCUGGCUGCGCCCAUGGCGGAGUUCGGGGAGGACGGGACGAGCCUGGAUCACGCCGGGGACACGGCCGCGGUCGGCGUGCAGUCGUCGGGGAAGACGCUCGGCGAAGGCUCGGUGUCAAACGGCGACUGUGGCAUAUGUGACAACAACAUGGUGGCGGGUUCUGGAGGACCCCAAGGCGGGGUGGAAGCCUCCAUCGACCCGGACAAUAAAACAGACAUCCCUCGCAGGAGCAGCCUCAUCAAGGAUGCCUCAAGACAGCGGAAGGAGAGAAAGAAGACUGUGUCUUUCAGCAGCAUGCCUACCGAGAAGAAGAUUAGCAGCGCCAGUGACUGCAUCACUGCUAUGGUGGACGGCUCUGAGCUGAAGAAGGUGCGGCCCAACUCUCGCAUUUACCACCGCUACUUCCUGCUUGAUGCUGACAUGCAGUCCUUACGAUGGGAGCCCUCAAAGAAAGAGUCAGAAAAGGCCAAGAUUGAUGUGAAAUCCAUCAAGGAGGUUCGGACGGGGAAGAAUACAGACACUUUUAGAACUAAUGGAACCUAUGAUCAGAUAUCUGAGGACUGUGCUUUCUCGAUCAUCUUUGGUGAGAACUAUGAAUCCUUGGACUUGGUGGCCAACACUGCAGAUGUAGCCAACACCUGGAUUACAGGGCUGCGGUACCUGAUCUCCUAUGGAAAACAUACCUUAAACAUGAUAGAGAGCAGUCAGAAUAACAUGCGCUCAUCCUGGCUUGGUGAACUUUUUAAUGAAGCGGACAGUGACAGCAGUCAACACAUAACAAUAUGUGCUGCUGUGCAGCUCGUCAAAAAGUUGAACCCGGGACUUAAAAAUGUGAAAAUUGAACUGAAGUUCAAGGAACUUCACAAAGUGAAGGACAAAGUUGGUUCGAAAGUGACGAGAGACGAGUUUAUUGAGGUCUUUCAUGAUCUUUGCACAAGGCCAGAAAUUUAUUUUCUCUUUGUUCAGUUCUCCAGCAACAAAGAGUUUCUGGAUACAAAGGACUUGAUGAUUUUUCUGGAGGCUGAGCAAGGUAUGGCGCAAGUAAGUGAGGACACCAGUUUAGAGGUCAUCCAGAAGUAUGAACCAUCCAAAGAGGGUCGGCUCAAAGGUUGGCUCUCUCUUGAUGGCGUCACCAAUUAUCUUCUAUCUUCAGAGUGCCAUAUAUUUGAACCAGAACACAAAACUGUAUGCCAAGACAUGAACCAGCCGUUGUCCCACUAUUACAUCAAUGCUUCCCACAACACGUACCUUAUAGAAGACCAGUUCAGAGGUCCUUCUGAUGUGACGGGCUAUAUCCGUGCACUCAAGAUGGGUUGUCGUAGUGUUGAACUGGAUGUGUGGGAUGGACCUGACAAUGAACCUGUCAUUUACACUGGUCACACCAUGACCUCACAGAUUGUUUUCCGCAGUGUCAUUGACAUCAUCAACAAAUAUGCCUUUGUUGCAUCCGAGUUCCCACUGAUACUGUGUUUAGAAAACCAUUGCUCAUUGGUGCAGCAGAAGGUCAUGUUUCAGCACCUAAAGAAGAUCCUUGGAGAUAAGCUCAACCUAGAUCCUCCUAAGCCUGAAGACUGCUACCUCCCCUCUCCCUCAGAACUGAAGGGAAAGAUCCUGCUGAAGGGUAAGAAACUCGGCACCAAUUGCACUGCUUCUGAGGGGGAGGUGACGGACGAGGAUGAGGGGGCAGAGAUGUCUCAGAGAAUGAGCAUCGAUUCUACAGAGCAACAAUCCAUCGCACCCAAGAAGUUCCAGUUGUCAAAGGACCUUUCUGAUCUUGUCACAUUGUGCAAGUCUGUGGAGUUUAAGGACUUCCCAACGUCAUUCCAGUGCCAGAAACAUUGGGAGCUCUGCUCUUUCAAUGAAGUCUAUGCCAGUCGUUGUGCGAGUGACUUUCCAGGGGACUUUGUGAAUUAUAACAAGAAGUUUCUAGCACGUGUUUACCCCAGUCCCAUGCGGAUUGACUCUAGCAACAUGAACCCACAGGACUUCUGGAAGUGUGGUUGCCAAAUUGUGGCAAUGAACUACCAGACUCCUGGCCUGAUGAUGGAUUUAAACAUUGGCUGGUUCCGUCAGAAUGGGAAUUGUGGUUAUGUCCUGCGUCCAGCCAUCAUGCGAGAGCAGGUUUCCUAUUUCAGUGCCAACACAAAAGACUCAGUGCCUGGUGUUUCUCCACAACUCUUACACAUCAAAAUCAUCAGUGGACAGAACUUUCCCAAACCCAAAGGCUCCGGUGCCAAAGGAGAUGUUGUGGAUCCUUACGUGUACGUGGAAAUACACGGUAUUCCCGCUGACUGUGCUGAGCAAAGGACUAAAACGGUCAACCAGAAUGGAGACAACCCUCUGUUUGAUGAGAGCUUUGAGUUUCAGAUCAACCUACCUGAGCUCGCCAUGGUGCGCUUUGUGGUGCUGGACGAUGACUACAUUGGCGACGAGUUCAUUGGUCAGUACACCAUCCCUUUCGAGUGUCUGCAGCCGGGCUUCCGCCACGUUCCGCUCCAAUCUCUCACAGGCGAGGUCCUGCCUCAUACCUUGUUGUUUGUUCACGUGGCCAUAACCAAUCGACGAGGUGGCGGCAAACCUCACAAGAGGGGUCUGUCUGUGAGGAAGGGCAAGAGGAGCAGGGAGUACGCCAGCAUGAGAGUGCUGCUGAUUAAGGCUCUGGAUGAUGUCUUCAAAACGGCCUUGCUGCCACUAAGAGAAGCUACAGACCUCAGAGAAAACAUGCAGAAUGCCAUAGUGUCCUUUAAAGAGCUGUGUGGCCUUUCAGCCGUGGCCAACCUCAAGCAGUGCAUCUUGGCCCUUGCCCCUCGACUGAGCGGUCCAGAUAGCAGCCCCCUCCUGCUGUUCAACCUUGCCGACCACUAUCCCAUCAUGGAAGCCCAAGCCCUGCUGCCAGAGCUUCUCAAGAAAGUUGUCACCACCUAUGACAUGGUGAUCCAGACCAGCAAGACUCUACUGGAGAACUCUGAGGGGGUCUACGAGAGGAUCCUGCAAACCCAGAAAGCAGCGAUGGAGUUCCACCAGAACCUCCAUGACCUGGCCAUGAAGGAAGGACUGAAGGGCAGGAAGCUUCACAAGGCUGUGGAGAGCUUCACGUGGAACAUCACUAUCCUGAAGGGCCAGGCAGACCUCCUGAAGCACGCCAGGAGCGAAGUCCAGGAGAACCUUAAGCAGAUCCAUUACGCCGCCUUGACUUGCAACCUCAGCAAAGACAAAGCGGACAGCAAGAGCAGACGCAGCUUGGAGGUCAUUCCUGAGAAGGCCACGGCCGAGGAGGAGCUCACCACUGACGAUGACGACAACUGAAGAUGCUCCAGGACCUCCUCUCAGCUCCCUCCGCCGUCACCAUCACUGCAGAGUAUUCUCACAUUCCACUGACAUCCCCAGCAUCUGGUCCUCAUCAGUAACAUGUCCUAUUUAAAGUCCCGUAAGAUCAAAGUUAGGUCUUUGUGCUGAAUAAACAGCGGAACCUCCAAAAGUGCAGCACAAGAAAGACAGCACAUGGAAUACUUUUGUGCAUCAUAAAACCCUUAGGAAUUGGACAUGAAGUGUUUUAAGUAACAUUUUUAACUGUCAUACAACUGUAAAUAAGUUAACUACAGUACAACUACAGAUAACUACAGUACAAUACAACUAAAAUACAGCAAAAUUACUCACCCUUUGUAGAUGAAGAGAAAUGUUUUGUGCAGGCUUGUAAAAAAUUCCCAAUUUUAUUCACAAUGUCCUGUUUCCAUGAAUUUGGUCGCAAAUUUGCAUUUGAAAUUCAAACUGAAGUCCAGUUGAUAUUUUUUGUGUAUUCCAGGAUCAUGCUUUACCUUACCUUACCUUACCAUAGAAAUAUUAUUACCAUGCACCACAUGCAUGCGUAUAUUAAUCACGGAAAAUGUUUGUUAUAGAACGAGGGUGUCCAAAGUUUAUUGGCCCACGGCACAUUAUAGUACUAAAAUUAUAAUAAAAAAAUAACCAUGGGAAAAUAAAAAUAAAAGAGCUGAAAUGUUGAUACUUAUAACUAAUAAUACCAAGCUUUGUCUGUUUUUUUCUUAGCCGUUUUCCAAAAAUUUACAGUCCAUAAAAAUCUGAAAGUGCCGCAUCCUUUGAAUUUCAGUAUGCUGCCCACUGUGGAAAAGGUUUGGACACCCCUAUCACAGACAAUUAAGAAUAAAUGCAUUUUCUAUUAAAAAAAAAUAUUAUUCUAACUUUGACAUUCUCGAAAAUGGUUUAAAAAUGCUUAAUUUCCCAGAAUGCUGUACUGUAUUCCGAAGCAUUUUUGACCAAUUUUCUGUUUUACUUGGCUAGAAAGAAUUUGCCUUUCAGAGUCAUACAUAGGCCUUGGGGAAGCGUGUUAUUUAAUUAACGCUUAUUUUUCACAAUAAGUUCCAAUUCCUGUUCAAUGGUUAUCAUCACACUUUUCCUAAUGUACCGUUUUUUGAUGUGUUGAAUGUUGGAGGUUCCGCUGUAUGGGAUUGUGACACAUAAAUCACCCCUUUGCUCUGCGCAUUUAAUUACUGUAGCGCUUGUUCGGGCUGUGGAAGCCCACCAGGGCAUGUCCAUGGUGGUCUGCUUCUCCACGCCCACUAAUGUAUGCUUUAAAAUGUGGAUUAGGGAGCGUCCUGCAAUAGAAGCCUUGAUGAUACGAGGCUUGGUGGCUCAGAUGACAAGAGACAGCCUCCACCUGUGUCACCACCUGACCGUCUGACCACCGAGAGACGACACUCACUAUGACUGUGGAUUUGGUGCCUGCUGUGUAACGACUUGUUGAAGACUCGCUGGACUGGAGACAUACACGAGCCUUUGGAGGGUUUGUGAGAUUUUCCUUAAAGCACAAUUCCGAAUGUAAAAGUGAAACAUGAAGAAAUGUUUACAUUCCUGAACUUGUUCUUGUGUGCCAAACAACCGUGACGUGUAGAUACGGAGUGACCUGUUACUUUUUUGUCAUUUUAUUACUGUAUGCUUGGAAAAAAAGGAUUUAUUUUAUAAAGAAAAUGUAUAGAAAUGAACAUUUUUUUGAGACUUGUCACCAGGAAGGUUCACCAACCAGUAUGAGCAGAACCCAGAGCGCACUUUUUGUUUUUUUAGAAUGUUGAGUUUUUCCUUCCUUUUGUGUCGGUGCUAGGAGCAAGUCGACUUUCUGCUCUUAAAUUCAUCUUUUACUGGUUUUGCUGGAUCCCAGCACAGCGCUUGCUGCCAUGUGAUAGCCUCAACAAAACCCCAGUAAAGACCAGGGAAAACUUAUGAGAUGUUUCCAGUUUUAAUUAAUUAGCUAAAUCAAACUGCCUAAUGACAAACAAGACAUUGUUCAUUUUCUACACUCCAGAGUGAGACAUCUUCCUGAGCAAAGCUCGCUUUGGCUGAGUGUGCCCACAGAGGAAUGGUCAAGCCUUCCUUGAGGUGUAAAAAGUACACCAUAAAACAGCAAAAAAUACUGUUUUGUUCUCACACGCUGGCUGAGAAACUACAGUAAUUGAAAUCACCCAUUCCCCUAAGACUUGCCUGAUGGUUGGUGCCAUUAUUUUUUUAGUCUUAAUGUCCACUUGUCCACACUCCAACAACACACAAUGCUGUUUUUGGGUUUGUGUGCUGUGAGGAUGAAAAGCAUUUCAACACUUCAUCGGUUCCAUCUUUAAAAAAAUAAAUAAAAAUGUCAACAUGCAAUAUAUUGUGUGGUGCCAAUAAAGUAUCAUUC